CAUCAAUGGCCUGUUUAUUCUUGAUUUCAGGGAGCUCUAGAUGGUGGACUUGAUAUUCCCCACAGUGACAAGAGAUUUGCCGGAUACAAUAAGGAGAGCAAGCAACUUGAUGCUGAAGUUCACCGCAAGUACAUUUAUGGUGGCCAUGUUGCUGCCUACAUGAGGACAUUGAUUGAAGAUGAACCCGAGAAGUACCAGCUUCAAUUUAGUGAGUAUAUAAAGAGAGGAAUAGAGCCAGAUGACAUGGAGGAGAUGUACAAAAAGGUUCAUGCUGCAAUUCGUGCAGACCCUACCGUGAAGAAAUCUGAGAAGCAGCCUCCAAAGGAGCCCAAGAGGUUCAAUCUGAAGAAACUGACUUAUGAGGAAAGGAAGGCUAAGUUGAUCGAGAGAGUGAAAGCUCUCAAUGCUGCUGCUGGAAGCGAUGAAGAUGAUGAAGAGUGAAUAUAAGGUCAUCUAUGGUUCCUGUGACACUUUUCUUUGUUGUCAUGCUAUGAGAGGGUGGAUUACUAGGUUUUUUUUUUCGUUUUUUUUUUCAAUGAGAACUUUGCAUGUUACUAGGGUUGAGAUCUAAAAUUACAUUUGCUUUUGCGGAUUACUCUUUGUUCUGCUGAAAACCCAAAGGAUUGUUUUUUCAGUUAAAUUAUACUUAGACCAAUGUUUACUUAUGUGUAGAACUGUGUUUAAUAUGCACCAGCUAUUUGUUUUCAA